AUGUCAAACGAAGAAUACAUUUGCAAUAAUUCGUUUACAAAUCAUAAUGAUGGUUUAGUUGUCAAUGCCUCAAAACAGGCAGAUUUAUCAUUGCAUGGUUCACAAGAUUAUCUAAAUAGUAUUAUCGAAGAAUUAUGUGACUUAUAUAAUAAAGAAGUUAUGAAAGGAAAUCAUAUAGGCUCAAUUCUUUGCUCCAUAAAUAACCAUUUUACAAACAAGCAGAAAAGGCCAGAAGAAAUAAUUGAUCUAUGUUUAAACAACCAAACAAAUCCCAUU